AUGAAUACAGGUCGACCUGCUGCUGGAAGGAGGAGAGAUGAACCUUCAGGUUCAAGAGAUACGCCAACGGGAGAACCCCGGACUAAACCUCGCAAGAAAGCUAAGACGACCACUCGAAUCACACCUACAUCUACGGCGACGGCGACACCACGUUCAGGACCUAUUCCAACACCUUAUUUAGCGUUAGCUCCUACACCGAUUUCGUCACUCUCACCCUCUACAAUCGAUCAAUUAGCUUCAACUGCCGCUUCAUCAGGAUUGGUUUUACCCUCAUCUUACCUUCGUAACAACACCUCCAAAACUCAUGAUCGCAAUCGGAAUAAAUCGACAACCACUUUAAAUUCAGUUACUACCAACAAUACAAAUCGGAUUUCAGAAAAUGGGGCAGGAGCAGGACCAUCAUCUUCUGUGAUUCCAUUACAACGCCCUUCAAGUGGUGCAAGUGGAACUGCAACGAGGAACAAAUAUGUCACUUCGUUGUUAUCACCUCCAACCAUAAUACCAGGAGGUACAUCUUCAGUACCACGUAUACAAAAUAUACCUUCUGCGAAUCCUAGAAGGGUAGGGGGUGCGAAUGGAAGUGGAGGAGGAAGAAGAAGAUCCGAAGAAAGGUUGAGAGAGAUCUAUACUAAUUCUGCAAAUGGUUUUGGUAAUCCAAGUUUAACUUCUCUAGGUCAAUUAGGUCGUAUUUUAGAAUCAGGACAUCUAAAUCAAACCAAUGAGAGAGAUGAAGAAGAAGCUGCUGAAGCAGAAGAGGAAGAAAGAUUAGCUCAAGCUCAAUUCGAAGCUCAACAUGCAAACGCAUUGAGUAAUAGAAGAAGAAGAAGAAUAGUAAGAGGUGAAAAUGCUCCUGUUAGACGAUUGACCGUCUCUUCAAGAGAAGAAGGUAGAGCUUUGGGUAUAGCUAGAAGUGCAAGUAUGAGAAGGACAAACGUUUGGGAUGAUAUACCCGAAGCAGGUGAACCACCACCGCCUUUCCCAUUUCCAACACCAUCCACAUCUCGAUUACCUCCUACAUUCUCUUCUUCCACCAAUAACCUUUCUUCCCUUACUACUGAUUCUGAUACUCAUCCAAACUCUGAACAAAGGCCAAGAUCACCCCCACCUUCGUUUGAAAUAGCUAUUGGAUUGAUACCAUCUCCACAUCCUGAUCCUGAAGCUCUGUCCAUAUCUACAUCUACUCCAUCAACACCUCGUCCUACACGUCCAGCCCUCACGCUAUCUACUACUCUUCCUCCCCCUACCACUUCCGAAGUCGCUUCUGCUUCUUCGGAACAAUCACCUUCUUCAACACAUUACGCUUCAGCACCGUCAUCGCCCACUCAAACGAUAAUAGGGUUCGAAGAUAUAAGGGAAGCUGAAAGACUAAGGAAAGAGAAGCAGGAAAAGGAUGAUAGAACAGCUUGGAAUGAAGACCUCUUAGCUGGAUACACAUUAGAAGAGAGAGUCAAACGAGAAAUGGAAAGACGUGGUAUCAAAGGACAAGAAGAAAAGCCAAUCAAGCAAGAUGAAAGUGAAGAAGAAGAUGAUACCUCUGCAUCCGAUCAUGAAACAGAGAUUAGUAUCCGUCCUGUCGAACAAGAUAAGACUAAAUCACCGGUAAAAUCAGAAUCUGUCAUACCGAUUGAGGAAGACAGGCAAUCAUCACUCGAAGCACAGACAUACAUUUCCGAUCAGAACAUUUCGACUGUUCCAAAUGUCAUCGCUGAGUCUAGCGCUUCGACUACUGCUCCAUCUUCACCACAUCUUGCUCAACAGGAAUCCGAACCAGACCCAGUACCGAAGUCCGUACUAGAUAUCGCCCAGGCUGAUGAAACAUCUGUACCUGAACCGGGGCAACAUGAUGUUGAAGAUCCCUCGUCUACCGUCGUCGAUCCAAAGGUAGUCAUUGGAGAUGCUGUUUCAUCAGACAAAACAUCACCAGCCGAAUCUAUUCCUACAUCUGGCGCUGUUAAUUCGAAGGAUAUAUCCAGUAAUGGAAACUCCACAUCACGCGAAGAAAGACCUGUAUCACCGAUCAAGCCAGACUCGAUAUCCGUCAAAAGCUCCCCAAAAGUCGACUCGGAAGUCCCGCCCAGUAUCGCCUCACUGCCUUCUCGGAGUCUCGAAACUCAGUCUGACCUGGCUAAAACUCUGAGCAGUGGCCCGGUUGAUCGAGCUUCGAUAGAUCGAGUAUCGAGCAAACCAUCAACAGCUGAUCCUGUAACACCCUUGGUAGUACCCAAGCCCUCGACUGUGGAGGACAAUCUUUUACCUGUAUCCGGGGCCAAGAUCGAAAGAAUGAAUCCGGCAACAGAGGCGAAUCCUCCGACGGCGAAGUCUGAACAUUUACACGUUCCUGGGUCCAAGCUCGAGAGACCUGUUCUGCGACGUCCGACUUCCAGCGAGCCAUUAUUCAGAUCUCAAGUUCAGAUUUCGGGAAUUAAACUUAAAUCAUCAACUCAAGGAAAUGACUCGACGCAAGGAGCCAAGACAGCAAUUGGAAACGAUACAACCAUUCCCGUAUCCGAUACAUUGGCGCCGGCAUCAGAGCCGCAGACGAAAGCCGAAGUCAAGUCGGAUCACGAGGUGACUCAAGUGAUUAGCGUUUCUACGAAAGAUGAAGAUACAAUGAACCCAAAUCGAGAGGCAGCUCUUAAACGUCGAAAUCUGCAUUCAAGAUCGCCUGUAAUCCAUACUCCCACUAUCCUGCCUCCGGCUCCAAAAGUCAAGGUCCAGGUCAUCAAGCUCAAAGAACCGAAACCUUUAUCCGGUCCUUUGAUAAAUUUCGACACGCCUACACCUUCUCCGCCGCAUACGCCGGAUACCUCAUCACGGAAGGAAAGAGCUCAUUCUCAGGAUAUAUCUGCUCUCGCAGCUUCCAGUGCCGAAUUACUCUCUCUGCUUGAAUUACAAGGCUAUCUGCAAGAAGUACCGGAUGAACCGAUUGCUGAAAGUUCUGCACAAGGAGCUGCUAGAUUGAGGCGAAAAUCGUCUUCCUCUCCCCCGCCUCCAUCACCACCGCCUGUGAAGCUGAGGAGGGUCCCUCCACCAUUGCCGAAAAUCGAUCCGAAGAAAGAUGCCAUACCUUCCUCCUCAUCCGCUGAAAUAGAACCCACAAAGACGGACAAGAAAGAUAUAGAGCAGAAAGAUAAUGGCGAAGCUAAUACGUCUUCUCGACCACCCCUCCCUGCCCGUCGUCCACCGCCACCGCCUCCGCCUCCGCCACCCCAACCACGAUUAUCGCUGAUACCCAGAAUACCACCUCCUUUACCACCUCGUCCGAUCUCAACACGGAUGAAUUCUACGGAUGCUCCUUCUACAAGCUCGAAUGAUACGACCAAAGUGUCGUCAGCCGCCGUGCUCCCGAUGCCCCCUGUGCGUCCUACUGUCGUCACCCGACUAAGUUUGUCUAGACCUAAAGGACCUAGACCGCCACCGCCUCCUCCAAGACCGAGACAAACAAGUUGGUCUAGGUUGAUGUCUCCGUUCACUUCUUCCUCUCCUCGUUCUACGAAAACCAAUGAUGUACCGCCGAUUGAAGAGUCAGAAAUGAUAGAAUCGCCUUUGAGGCCGUCAAACGAAAGAGCUAAAUCUGAUUAUCCACAACCACCAGCUAUGGUAUCGGAACAAGAGGAAGAGAGAGAUCGAGUGGUGGAAAGAUCUUCUUCAGCUAUGAAUCUCAGAUCGCCAAGUCCAGCUUCGAGCCCGACUUUGACUUCUGAUUUGAGACCUGGAGAUGAACCCUCAAUAUCAUUAGCAGACGUUGGACAAUCAACAGGUACACAUCCGGAUGAGCAGGAAAAUAUUGACGGACAAGCCGAGGGUCAAGUUGGGACAAGAAACGGAAAUGGUAACCGAGAGUGGACGGAUUUGGAUUUAUUAGUAUCCAGAAUUGAAAGUUCAGGUAGAGAAUUUGAAUCAUUCAAUCAAAUUUCUAGUUUCUUGGGACCAUCAAAAUCUCAAGCUGCGACCCCUCGAGCAUUAGAUACUCUUUUAACUGGAUUAGUCAACGUUGAUAGUAGAAGAACGACGCCACAAGGGAAAGUGAAGUUGAAAUUAUCUUUACUAGGCGUGAGAGUAUCGAAAUGUGGGAUCUGUCUAUCACAAUUCAGAGGAAAUGAAAAAGGUGUAAUGUUGCCUUCUUGUGGUCAUUCUGGACAUGAAACUUGUGCUAGAAGAUGGUUUAGGGAAAGUAACAAUUGUUGGGUUUGUAGAGAGGUUUUAAAGGAGGAAUAA